GGGUCCACCGUGAUCUGAGUCUGGCCAUGAGGUUGUUGUGAUUUGGGGCAGAGACAGCAGAGAAAAACCGGGAAAGUUUGGUUUCCAAACGUCACAGGAAGCCCCUCCCCUUGUUUCCGUCCUUUCUUCUAGGCUGAUGAGCCUCCAGCUUGGGAAGCCGUGAGGGCCAUACAUCUAUGUCCAGCUGGGUGGUAGAAAGACCGACCCUAUCUGUGGAUGCAGCCUCUGGAGUAGACACUCAGAACCUUGUCUGCCAUUCCUACAGUGUUGCCUGCUCCAGCACUGGCCACCUCUGCCUGCCUCUCCUUCCCCUUCCUCGGUGUGUGGUCACAGGGAAGCUUCUCAUGGAGGAAGGCAAUGGAUCUCUGCUGGUCUCGGGCCAGCAGCCUCCCACCCACCUAGAGACACCUAAUCUCCUGGGCACACACUGACUGAACAAACCAACUUUGAUUUCCGCAGGAAUCCAGCAGCCCUAUGGAUGAGGAGUUUAAAUGUUAGAACCGGAAAAGGGAAGAGUGAGCUCCACCAUUCCGGGAGCUCUGUGUCAGAGGCAGCUCAUUCCUGAUUUGGACUCCAAAUAUUGAGACAUGAAAACCAAAGCUCCCUGCAUUGUGUGAUUUCUUGUGGUGUCCACGGCUGUCCUCUGAACUUGGGAGCAGACUCAACUGACCUUUGUCCCUGGGACAGAGGAUCUGAACCACAAUCCCAAUUCAACUCUUCAAAGGGAUUGUCAGUCUGAACCCUCACUCUCUGAAGUGGACAACCUUAUAUCCUGCCACAGGUCUGUUUAGGCCCAGGAGACUCUGCCCUACCCAGAGAGACCCUGGGAUACCCAGGAGACCCUAUCCCAGUUCAGGAGACCCCACCCAGGACCAGGAGACCCUGCCCCCAUCCGGGAGACCCUAUCCUCACUCAGGAGCCCCUGCCCCCACUCAGGAGACCCUAUCCUCACUCAGGAGACCCUACCCCAAUCCAGGAGAUACUACCCCAACCCAGGAGACCCUACCCCAACCCAGGAGGCCCUGCCCCAGUUCAGGAGACCCUACCCAGGACCAGGAGACCCUGCCCCCAUCCAGGAGACCCUGCUCCCACUCAGGAGCCCCUACCCCCACUCAGGAGCCCCUGCCCCCACUCAGGAGCCCUUCCCCAGCCUAGCCACAGGACUCCAGCCAUGAUGGAAGAAGACAUAGAAGUAUGGCAACAAGUGUUCCAGGAGCUGAUUCAAGAGGUGAAGCCAUGGGACAAAUGGACUCUCACACCAGACAAGGACCUUCUUCCUGGUGUUCUGAAGCCUGGAUGGACACAAUACCAGCAAAAGACCUUUGCCAGGUUCCUCUGCCCCAGCUGCUCUCGCAGUUGGGCCUCUGCCUGCGUCCUGGUGAUCUUCCACAUGCGCUGGUGUAAGAAGAGAGGCAAGGGACGGGUGAAGAUGAGGAUCUUUGCUCAGAGAUGUAACAAGUGCCCUGAGCCUCCAUUUGCAGCCCCAGAGUUUGCCUGGGACAACAUCUCGAGGAUCUUGAGCAAUCUGGUCUUCAGAAUUCUGAAGAAGUGCUAUGGAGAAGGGUUUAAGGAAAUGGCUGAGAUUCCCGUGCUCGGAGACACGGGUCUUGAAGGCCCACAUGACAGCAACAACUGUGAGGCCUGUCUGCAGGGCUUUUGUGUUCAGAGUAGCUCAGGCCUAGCCUCAAAACCACCAGCUUGUCCAUUGUCUCCCACCUCCUCUAAGUCAACUAGAGAGCCUACGGUCGCUGUAACGUGCAGCAACGUCUCCUGCUCACAGCCUUCCUCUAAAAUGGAAAAACCCCAAGCAUCAAAAGUGGACACCAAAGCCAGUAAUCCUACCAAAGCUGACCCCAAGGUUAGCCACACCCCAAACCCAUCAACUGUCCCAAUCUUGACAACCCAACAGUUGGCACCUGUGAGCUCCCCUGCUCCUAGAUGUGCCGUUCAAAUGCCUUCUCCCGCCAAGAGCAGCAGAACAGAGGGUAUGGGAAACAAGAACUCCAGGUCCAAGAUCCCAGAGGUAUUGCCCUGGUCCUCUGCAUUUGUCCCAACCGUUUCCUCCUCAUUCAUCCUACCCACAACCUCCUCCUAUGCCCCACCCACUUCCUUAUUUGUCCCAUCUACUUCUUCCUCAUAUGUUGCACCCACUUCCUCUAAAGUGGAAAAACCCCAAGCAUUAAAAGGGGACGCCAAAGCCAGUAAUCCUACCAAAGCUGACCCCAAGGUUAGCCACACCCCAAACCCAUCAACUGUCCCAAUCUUGACAACCCAAGAGUUGACACCUGUGAGCUCCCCUGCUCCGAGAUGUGCCAUUCAAAUGCCUUCUCCCGCCAAGAGCAGCAGAACAGAGGGUACGGGAAACAAGAACUCCAGGUCCAAGAUCCCAGAGGUAUUGCCCCGGUCCUCUGCAUUUGUCCCAACCAUUUCCUCCUCAUUCAUCCUACCCACUUCCUCCUCCUAUGUCCCACCCACUCCCGCAUAUGUUGUGCCCAGUUCUGGGAGACCAGGAGUAAACAUCACUUACCAGGCAGAGAGAAGCAGCCAUAUCCAUCCAGCAGGUGAACCCUGCUGCUGCCAAGCUUGCUGUGGGGCCUGCCACGAGUGCUGCAGUAAAAGCUGCGAGUGCUGCUGCGGAUGCUUCUGUGCGUGCUGCCAGGGCUUCUGCGAUUGCAUGAAACAUAACCCGUUUCGACGGCUGGUCUUUCUAAUCUUUGCAGCUGUCGUUGUGACGCUUUUCAUAAAAUAUGGCUUCUGAGCCUUGAAAAAAGAAUGCUGAGUGGCAAAAAAAAAAAAAAAUGUUACAACAUCCCAAAAAAAGUCAAAUACUGUGUAACCUUUUAUAUGAAACACCAAUAAAAUCAGGAGAACCCA